ACCCGCUCAGCUGCCGGCAGUUAGUGUCCGCACAGGACCGGCGGAGGGGAAGCAGGACUUAAGCGCUACACCCCGAUGAGACGCCACCUCCAACCGGACUACAGUGGACCAAUCACCGCCGGGGAGAGAGGCUCGCUAGCCGCGUUAAUAAUUUCAUGUCGACACGGCCAAAAGUCUGUGAAAAUCACCGUUGAGACAGCACUGGACGGCGGGUUUGCGAUUGAAGGGAUCUCCAGACGUGUUCCUUGAAUCAUCUCCGCGCAGGAAAAGGGCAGCGCGUAUGAGUCACCUCGCGUGAUGGAUGAUGUAACGGAGUCUGGGUCUUCUAGCAGACCAUGACGCUAAACGGACUAACAGAGUGGGAAAAAAGGCUUUCUCACAAGCAACCGAGCCUUAUUUGUUGACUUUCCCGAGGAUCCAAGGCGAUGUCAAGCGUCCGUGCCAUGAAGUGACCUCACACAGAUAAGUGGCACGGCCAUGGAACUUAAUCGCAAAUGGACUCUUAUCAUUGUGCGUGAGGUCACGUGAGCUUUCCGAAUCCGAGUGAUUUUGAUGGCAGCCAUGUUGCGGCGCAGGCUCCUAGCCUGGGUGUCGCGGGUUGGCGCCGUGUUGGUUCUUCUGUGUUGCUCCUUGACGCUCUUCUACGUGAUGACCUGCAGCACGCUGCACCCGGACGACUCGCCGCCGAGUCGCGCCUUACCGCGCGCUUUACCGCGCGCCAGCACCAAUCAGGUCGACCUGGGCGGUACGAGGCCCGGAGGUGCUGCCCAAAGCGGGGGACCGCCGGUGAUCCGCUCCUACCAGGAGCUACUGCAAGAGCGUGAGGAGCAACACCGCCUGCACAUCUCCUCGCUGAAGAAACAGAUUGCUCAGCUUAAAGAGGCGUUGCAGGAACGCAGCCAACAGCUCAAAGGUGUGCAAGACAGCCUGAAGAAGGCCGUCGCCGGGGGACCGGCUGAGGGGCGCAACUCGCAGCCCGGGGACCUCGGGGAAGCCCCGGGAGCCAAAAACCAGCAGGCGGACCUCCAGAACUUCUUAAGGAGCCAGCUCUCCAAAGCCGAAGUGACCGCCGGGGCUAGGCAACACAGCGAGUACACGGUGGUGCCCUUUGAGAGCUUCACCCUGCACCGGGUCUACCAGCUUGAAAUGGGUCUGACGCGACACCCCGAGGAGAAACCUGUGAGGAAGGACAAGCAGGACGAGCUGGGCGAAGUGCUGGAGUUCGCCCUGCACAACCUCAACGCCCCGCCGGCGCAGCCGGCCGGGAAAAGUAGCAAAGUCUACUCGCCGUCGGACUUUAUAGAAGGCAUCACGCGCACAGAGAAGGACAAAGGCGCAGUGUACGAUCUGACUUUCCGCGGGGAAUCCAGUCGAGAAUUCCGCCGCCUGGUCCUUUUCCGGCCCUUUGGACCACUGAUGAAGGUGAAGAGCGAGCGGGUGGACACGGCCGACGUGCUCAUCAACAUUGUGAUGCCGCUGUCGCGACGUACCGAAAGGUUCAGGCAGUUCAUGCAUAACUUCAGGGAGAUCUGCGUGCGGCAGGACGGCCGCGUCCACCUCACGGUGGUCUAUUUUGGGAAGGAGCAGAUGAGCGAGGUCCGCCACAUCCUAGAGAACACGUCCAGGGAGGCCAACUUCAAAAACUACACUCUCCUGCAGCUGGACGAGGAAUUCUCCCGAGGUCGGGGUCUGGAUGUCGGGGCGCGGGCGUGGACGGGCGGCGACGUGUUGCUCUUCUUCUGUGACGUAGAUAUCCACUUCACCGCCGACUUCCUCGGAUCUUGCCGACUCAAUGCCGAGUCUGGUAAGAAGGUCUUCUACCCAGUGUUAUUCAGCCAGUACAACCCCAAGCUGAUCUACGGGAGUCCCGAGCACAUCCCGCCAGUGGAGCAACAGCUGGUGCUGAAGAAAGACACGGGCUUCUGGAGAGAUUUCGGAUUCGGCAUGACCUGCCAGUACCGCUCGGACUUCAUCGACAUCGGUGGUUUUGACAUUGAUAUAAAGGGUUGGGGAGGAGAGGACGUGCACUUGUAUCGCAAGUACCUGCGCAGUAGUAUUCUGGUGGUGCGGGCUCCGUCACGCGGCCUCUUCCACUUGUGGCACGACAAGCACUGCGCAGACGAGUUGGCACCCGAUCAGUACCGGAUGUGCAUAAAAUCCAAGGCCAUGAACGAGGCGUCGCACGGGCAGUUGGGGAUGCUCUUUUUCCAUAAAGACAUUGAGGCGCACCUACGCAAGCAGAAGACGCAACAUCAUCAACACAAGGCCAAAAUGACGUGAAGAUAUAACAGAGGAAUAUUUUUGAAAAAGUUAAUUGCUACAUUUUAAAUGGGAAACAAUCAAUUUGACAAAUGAGAGGAAAACAAUACAAAAUUGAAAUAUUACAUUUAAAAAUAGUACAGUCAGAAAAUGAGAUAAACAUGAAUUUCAGAAAUAGAGCAAGACAAACGACGUUCGUGUUUAUUUCUUGGGAAGCAGCGACACAUACAGGAAGGAAAGCGAACAGCAGGUGCGGGGACUUAAGGACUAUUAUGCCGAUCUUUCAUUUUUUUAUAUUUAUACUUAAAUUUAGAAUAAAAAAGUUGAGAUGGAAGUCUAUGACAAGAUGAUAUUCUUGAUUUUAUUUUAUUUUUUUACAUUAUUGUUACGAUGCUCCUUUUUACACUCCAACCCAUGUUAACAACAGUUUACCAUUUAAGGACAAAACCUGCUGUAUUUGGGUUUUUUUUCCCCCUGUGUCCUUUAUGAAUAUAUUGACGUUGACCAAAAGCAAGAGUUGCCCAAACUGAGGCUCAGGGAUCAAAACGGACUAAGUGUCUAUUUGUGUGUGGGGG